ACCUCGUAAAUUGACAUUUACGUCAUUUUCAAUAUUUAUUACACAUUUGCUUCAAAUUUAUGUGAAUACAGUUCUUAUAUUAGUUAUACAUGAUAAGAUUCAAUAUUUUACCGUUACUUGUCAGAAAAUGGCCGAGGUUACGUUUGCGAUGGCUUUCAGACAAUUCUUCAACGAUAUUCGACUGCGGACCCGACUUAGAAGAUAAGGGCACAUGCGCAGUGGAGCCAUGCGACCCCAAUAAAUGUUUUCCCGAACCGCGCGUGGUCAUAAUAGGCGCGGGAAUGGCAGGGCUGUCCGCUGCAGCGAGGCUUUCACAACGUGGCAUCAAUAAUUUAGUUGUGCUUGAAGCGUACGAAAGACCAGGCGGGCGAAUACAUUCUUGUUGGCUCGGUGACAUUGUCGCAGAACUAGGUUCGCAUUGGAAGCCAGAUAGUUGUUGCACUCAUCCUAUUUACAUGAUGUCGGCUACUGAGCAGCCGCCACGACCUGGCGUUCCAGGCUCGGAACACACCCGAGGAUUGUUCCACAGAAUCGUUACAGGUAAAAUGCCCUUCCCACCGACAAUAACAGCGUAUUAUAAAUUCCGACAAAUAGAACAGGAAGCGGCAAAUAUUUAUUGCCUUGGAGGUAAUAAACAACAGGGCUCGCUCAUCAAUUUUAUGAGUCUGAGAAUUCAACAAGAAUUGCAUGAAUAUCCAGAGGAACAACAACAUGACGCAGCAAGAAUUAUGUUCGGCCUUUCACAUAUGCUUAGUGCGCGAUGUGGUGAUGAUACGUCUAUGUUAUGUGCUGAUCAUUUAGGCUGUUUCAUGAAUAUGCCCGGAGGAGAAGUACGCGUUCCUCUUGGUCUUGUCGGUAUUUUAGCUCCAUUAUUACGACAAAUACCUGAAGGAGCUAUAAGAUAUUGCAAACCAGUCAAUUGCAUUUAUUGGGGAACGUCUCAAAAGGCUGGUUACCGGGCCAUUGUAUGUACAACUGACGGUGAAGAAUUUCCUGCUGACUAUGUAAUAAUCACUGUGUCUUUGGGAGUAUUGUGUGCAAAUUCAGUUGGAAUGUUCUGUCCCGAAUUACCGGCAUCAAAAAUAGAUGCUAUGCGUUGCAUUGGCUUUGGAUAUUGUAACAAAAUUUACAUGGAAUAUUGUCGUCCUUUCUGGUAUUGGCACAAGGGAAAUUUAAAUUUCAAAUACUGUGGUAACGAGCUGUGCGACCGCUGUGAUUGGACGCGAGGAAUAACCGCAAUAGAAGUAGUACCAAAUAGUAAGCAUGUUAUGUGCGCGUGGGUUGUUGGAGAAGAAGCGGUGAUGAUGGAAGGGUUAUGUGAUAAAGACGUUGCUGAGGGAUUAACCGACGUAUUGCGGCUCUCGACAGGCGAUUGUUGCAUACCAUAUCCGAUGGCAAUCUUAAGGUCUCAUUGGACAUCAGAUCCUUUCUUCUGCGGUGCAUAUUCGUACGAUUCUAUUUCCUCUGAUGGUCAAGCGCAGCGAGCUCUAGCAUGUCCACUACCGGGUCCAAGCGAAUCGAUUCCUCCAAUAUUAAUGUUUGCUGGCGAAGCCACGGUACCUGGUCACUUUGCAACCGUUUCUGGGGCAAGAUUAAGUGGCAUUAGAGAAGCUGAAAGAAUUGUCCAAUUAACUUUGCAAUAUAAAGGUCCUCCGUUACCUAUGUGUGAACCGGUAAAAUCUAAAAAAGUGAAAGCACAGAAAUGACUGUCAUUUAAAUAUUAUACUAUGAAAAUGUCUGUAAUUAACUCUAGUUACAUAAUAAAGAUCCUUUGUCGCAUUGUGGAUGAUAUAAUAAAGUUUUAUGCGCAAGCCACGCUGUA